ACCAUAGAGAGGAUUGGGCGGAACUUCCGGGUAGAGUGGCGGCUCGGCCGGCUGGGAUAUUGAAUUAUAUCAUACAUUUUAAGACAAAAAAUGGAUGAAGAACCUGAAAGAACUAAGCGAUGGGAAGGAGGCUAUGAAAGAACAUGGGAGAUUCUUAAAGAAGAUGAAUCUGGAUCACUUAAAGCUACAAUAGAAGACAUUCUCUUUAAAGCAAAGAGAAAAAGAGUAUUUGAGCACCAUGGACAAGUUCGACUUGGAAUGAUGCGCCACCUUUAUGUGGUAGUAGAUGGAUCCAGAACAAUGGAAGACCAAGAUUUAAAGCCCAAUAGACUGACAUGUACUUUAAAGUUGUUGGAAUACUUCGUAGAGGAAUAUUUUGAUCAAAAUCCUAUUAGUCAGAUUGGAAUAAUUGUAACUAAGAGUAAGAGAGCUGAAAAACUGACUGAACUCUCAGGAAACCCAAGGAAACACAUAACAUCUUUAAAGAAAGCUGUAGACAUGACCUGCCAUGGAGAACCAUCUCUUUAUAAUUCCUUAAACAUGGCUAUGCAGACUCUGAAACACAUGCCAGGACAUACAAGUAGAGAAGUCCUGAUCAUCUUUAGCAGCCUUACAACUUGUGAUCCCUCUAAUAUCUAUGAUUUAGUCAAGACUCUAAAGGCAGCUAAAAUUAGAGUGUCUGUUAUUGGAUUGUCUGCAGAGGUUCGAGUUUGCACUGUACUUGCUCGUGAGACUGGUGGCACUUACCAUGUUAUUUUAGAUGAGAGCCAUUACAAAGAAUUGCUAACACAUCACGUUAGUCCUCCUCCUGCCAGCUCCAAUUCUGAAUGCUCACUUAUUCGUAUGGGAUUUCCUCAGCAUACCAUUGCUUCUCUGUCUGAUCAAGAUGCCAAACCUUCAUUCAGCAUGGCGCAUUUGGAUAGCAAUACUGAGCCAGGGCUUACACUAGGAGGCUAUUUCUGCCCACAGUGUCGGGCGAAGUACUGUGAGCUUCCUGUUGAAUGUAAAGUCUGUGGCCUUACUUUGGUGUCUGCUCCCCAUCUGGCACGGUCUUACCAUCAUUUAUUUCCUUUGGAUGCUUUUCAAGAAAUUCCCCUAGAAGAAUAUAAUGGAGAAAGAUUUUGUUACGGAUGUCAGGGGGAAUUGAAAGACCAACAUGUCUAUGUUUGCACUGUGUGCCAAAAUGUUUUCUGUGUGGACUGUGAUGUUUUUGUUCACGACUCUCUCCACUGUUGUCCUGGCUGUAUUCAUAAGAUUCCAUCUCCUUCAGGAAAUUUUUUCCUUCCUGCCAUGUGGAGAUGAUAUUUGACUCUAUUUUUCACUAAGACUAUGAAGAAGUUUUUAUUGUCACUAGGAGCAAAAGGGAAGUUCUUAACUUGAUACAGAAAAAGACAACUCAAUAGAAAGUCAGACAAGCAGAAUUGAGCAAGUAGAAGUUAGAAUUUCUGAACUUGAAGAUAAAUCCCUUGGCACUAAUAUAUUUGAAGAAAAAUCAGAUAAAAGAAUUAAAAAAAAAUGAAGAAACCUUAAGAAUCAUGUGGGACCCCAUCAAGAGAAAUAACCUACAAGUGAUUGGAGUACCAGAAUAGGGAGGGAUAACAGAAAAUACGAAGAGAAUUGUUGAAGAUUUAUUGGCAGAAAACUUCCCUGAUAUCAUGAAAGAUGAGAAGGUACGUAUCCAAGAUGCUAAUCGAACUCAACAUAAGGUAGAUGUUAAAAAAAGUCACUAAGACACAUUAUAAUCAAACUUGCCAAACCAAAGAUAAAAAGAGAAUUAUAAGAGCAGCAAGGGAUAAACGAAAAGUCACCUACAAAGGAGAGCCAAUAAGAAUCAGCUCAGACUACUCGGCAGAAACCGUACAGGCAAGAGGGCAAUGGGAUGACAUAUUUAAAAAAUUGAAGGAAAAAAAUUGCCUGCCAAGAAUCGUAUAUCCAGCAAAACUAUCUCUUAAAUAUGAACAUGAAAUGAAGACAUUUCCAGAUAAACAGUUUAGGAAAUUCAUAAAAACCAAACCAAAACUACAAGAAAUACUAAAGGGAGUCCUUUGGUUAGAAAAUCAAUAAUAUCAGGUAUCAAACCAAGACUAGAAAACUGGGCAGAGCAACUAGAAGUCAACCCAGACAGGGAAAUCCAAAAAAACAAAGCAGGAUUAUUUAAAAAAAAAAAAAAAGCUCAAAACA